UCCAGCAGUCCGACCGCAGCCUCGAGCUCCAACGGGAGCUUUAGAACCAUGUUAUGCUGAUUAGAUAAAGGGGGGAAAGAGAGGCGGGGGGCGAUGGAAAGAGGAGGAUGGAUGGAUGGCAGGGCCAGGGGAGGGGGGGAAGUGGGUGAAGAAAGAAAGAAAUGAAUGAUGAUAAUGCAAUGAAAAGAGUUAGCCGGGGGUUUUAAGGAGAGUCGUGUGCCAGACACGCAGCCACUGAACCACAAGCAGCUUCGCUUUAACUGGAGUGCCUGGGAGUCGCGUGCCAGGAGCCGCGCGUCCAGGGACUGACUGACAAGACAGACACGCACCACCACCACAACACACGAGACCCGGGCGGGUCGCCGAGGCCGCCGGGGCUCUUGGCAAAGUCGCCGGUCGCAGAGGUCCCCCGCGGAGCCGCGCCGCCGCUGCGCCAGGCCGGGUGCCUCCAAGCCGGCAGAAGGAGCAGCGCUGAGCUCCCGGCUGCGCGGAGAAUCGCAGCACGCGCCGAAGAGCGACGCCGGGGCACGUUCAGAGAGAGAAGCAAGAUGUUCGUCAAAUCCGAGAGCUUGGAGUUAAAGGAGGAGGAGGACGUGCUGGUGCUGCUGCGCUCGGCCUCCCCCGCCUCGGCGGCUCUGACCCCUCUGUCUUCCAGCGCUGACGAGGAGGAAGAGGAGGAGCUGGGCGCGGCGGGCGGAGCGCGGCGGCAGCUCGGGGCAGAGGCCGCGCCCGCGGCGCUGGGCGGCUCGCCGGGAGGAGCCGAGGGCUGCCGGCCCGCGCGGCUGCUGGGUGUGGUGCAUGAGUGCAAGCGGCGCCCUUCGAGGGCAAGGGCUGUUUCUCGGGGUGCCAAGACGGCCGAGACCGUACAGCGCAUCAAGAAGACCCGGAGACUGAAGGCCAACAACCGCGAGCGCAACCGCAUGCACAAUCUCAACGCGGCGCUGGACGCGCUGCGUGAGGUGCUCCCCACAUUUCCGGAGGACGCCAAGCUGACCAAGAUCGAGACCCUGCGUUUCGCCCACAACUACAUAUGGGCGCUCACCGAGACCCUGCGCCUGGCUGACCACUGUGGGGGCGGCGGCCUGCCCGGGGCGCUCUUCUCCGAGGCCGUCCUGCUGAGUCCGGGAGGCACUGGCGCCGCCUUGAGCAACAACGGAGACAGCCCUUCGCCCGCCUCCACGUGGAGCUGCACAAACAGCCCCGCGGAGUCUUCCUCGGCCUCCUCCAACUCCACCUCCCCCUACAGCUGCACUUUAUCUCCCGCCAGCCCGGAGGGUUCAGACAUGGACUAUUGGCAGCCCCCACCUCCAGACAAGCACCGCUACGCACCUCACCUCCCCAUAGUCAGGGACUGUAUCUAGAACUGCCAUCUCUCCUACCCACGCCAGGCCUUAGUGGGCGCCCUUUCCUGCCCCCGCCUCCUGCCCCCCGCUUCCCAUGCCCCGGAAACCAUCUCACUGCUCUGAGCAUGUGUAGCCGUUCUCACUACUCGUUAUUUGUUGCAUUCCUUGGCUAAGGGCUUCCUUAGUCCAGCCGGGCCCUCUAAUUUAUUGGUGUGAUGGAGCUUAUUGUCAAAGAGGAUUCUAGAGUUUGGGGUGGGGAGGGGGGAGGCACUUAAGGUAAAAAGAUGCUGGGAAGAGAUAAAGGUGACGCGUCUGAAGAGUUUGUAGAGCGGACUGAAGUUCCCGCCCUCUCGGUGCGAUUCCUGUGAAAUCUCCCAGGGGGAACGCAACCGGUUCCUGCGAUCUCUUCACCUUUGCUUCUGCAUAGAGAUGUUAAUGUCGAGUAGAAAGAAAUGUGUCUUAGCAUCUGAAUGAUUUUACCGGUAAUAAUAUUAUCCACAGAUUUGCAAUGGCUGGCAUCUGCUUUAUUCCCAGUGCUGCCUGCGGGCUGUGGGAAUUUCACCUGUCAAACCAAACUUUCCCUCUCUGAUGUGCACUUUGUUCUGUUUCCCAGAUUCGUCACAAUGCCUAUUGUCCCGCUCUUCUUUCCUUUUUCUUCUCCAUUUUGCCAUCUGUCUCUUAUGAUUUAUAAGGGGGAAAAAGUUGUUUUGUUAGAGGGCCAGGUUAGAAGUCAUUGUAUAAUUUGUAGGCUUUGUAAUGAUUGAAUGCAAGCGUGGAAAUUUAGGCUGAACUCUCUAUCAAAAGGAAAAAUGUGGAGGAAAACGGAAAAAUCAGGAGGGAGGAUUGCUUCAUGAAUUAUUUAUCUCGACCUUUUAGGGGAGAAGAAACUCCCCCAUUCUUUCAAGAGAUUAAAAAUAAAUCAACAGACUGAAAACCUAAGCAGACACGGAGCAUUAUCAGGAUCAGCCACACACGUGUUUCCUUCUAUUUAUUAUAAAGAAAAAUUUCAUGGGAAAAGUAUGUAUUUUUUGUAUAUUCUACAGAGUUUAUUCUAGUAUGUAUUUACAUCUUGAAAGAACAAGAAAAUUGUUCUUGUGAUUAAACUAUAAAUAAAGUAUCUAAUUUUCAUAA